AUGAUCAGCUUUGAUGUUGAUAAUCAAUAUACAAAUGUACCGGUCUAUGAAGCCAUUGAAGUCACUCUCGAUAUGCUUUUUAAAAAUUCUGAUUCUCCACCGAUUCCAUUUCAUCGAUCACAAUUAAAUAAACUAUUAGAGUACGCAGUUUGCAACAUACCGUUUCGUUUUCUUGAUAAAACAUUCGUACAAGUCGAUGGCGAAGCAAUGGGAUCACCCCUAGAUCCAAUCCUAGCUGAUUUAUUCAUGGCGAAUCUCGAACAGAAAUUAAUUAGAUUCUCUACAAACAAGCCUUUAAUAUGA